AUGGCUACAUAUGACUAUAAGGACCAUGUCAUAUACCCUGCAUUCUGCUUCAAGGCCUCGCCUACACAUUUCACCUGGGUGAAGAUGUCGGUAGCCGACGUGCAUCGACUACAGAAGCCAAGAAGCUUUGAGGGACAAAGAAUCUACUUCUACAAAAAUCACCCAAUCCGCUUCGUGACCAUAGCAGGUCUCAUCGUCUCCAAAGCAGAGGUCUAUCGUCGUACAAUCCUGACAAUAGACGAUAGCAGUGGCGCGUUAGCAGAAGUAGUCAUUCCACACUCAUCUGACCCAAAACAACAACCAGGCUCAAGCAUAAAACAAACAGAAUCUUCCCAAUCGAACCCCAAUACCAGUGGGCAGGUCGAACCAGAGAGCCAAGAAGACUUUACACUUGAUGCAAAAGAUACAAAUCCCAAAUCUGGUGUUUCGCUUGUUCAGCAUGUGCAUGUCAGUACGACGGAUCAAUCGAUCAUUGAUAUCUCGGGUCUAGUACCCGGUACUAUGGUCAAAGUGAAGGGCACAUUGACUUCUUGGCGAGGGGUUAUUCAACUUAAUAUGGAGCGGUUUCAUAUUCUUCGAGAUACGAAUGCGGAGAUGGUAUUCCUGAAUGAGCGGCUUCAGUUUUUGGUUGAGGUGCUUUCUUCGCCGUGGGUAUUAUCUGAUGAGGAGAUUGAGAUGCUGCGUCGAGAAGGGGAGGAUGGCGAUUUACGGGCUGCGGAGGAGAGGUCCAAGGCUCAGAUAAGGGUUAAGAGGAGGGCUGAGAGGGAGGAGAAAGAUGCUAAGCAUAUUUUACGGAGGUACAAGCAUGAGGAGCGAGAGAGGGAGAAAGAAGCUGUGGUUUGCAGAGAGGAGGGAGAGAGGAUUAUGAGGGAGAUUUUGGAAAGGAAGAGGGCGAAACUUGCACGGGGUGAGAACUCGGAGUCUCCUUAA